UGUGUGUUCUCCCUCCCUCCACCUCUGCCUGGCUGUCAGCUCUCUUCGACCACGUAGCAGCUUCCUGGCAGCGGCAGCCGCUUGUCUCUUCUCCCUCUCUCUCUUUUUCUCUCACACACACACACGCACACACACUCAGCACCAGCAGCAGCUUAUGUAGAACCACGUAGCACCGGCUUUGGAUUCUAACCAUCGACAGCAGCGGCCGAAGCGGCGAUGGACCUCUUUGAAUUCGACUUUUUCAGGGACUGGGAGCUGGAGCAGCCGUGCCAUCUUGAGUCGGAGCGCAGCGCACUGAAGAGGAGAGAGUGGGAGAGGAGGAACCAGGAGGUUCAGCAAGAUGAAGACUUGUUCUCAACCGGAUUUAACCUCUUUGGAGAACCUUAUAAAACUAAUAAGGGCGAUGCGUUGGCCAACCGAGUCCAGAACACCCUGGGCUCCUACGAAGAAAUGAAAGACCUGCUAACCAGCCACUCCAACCAGAGCCACUUGGUGGGAAUCCCCAAAGGCAGCGCCGGGAGCAACAACCAGCAGCAAGCGGCGGGCUCCUCCACCACCGACAGAUCAGCCACAGAGUCUCAGCUGUUCAACGAGGCCUUGAGAGGAGCAGCAGCCGGUGGAGGAGGAGGAGCAGAGGGAAGCGGGGAAAAGAGGACGGGAAGCGGCGCGCUGUCGUCGGCCUCCAUGCAGCCGCCUGCCGUCGUCACGUCGUUAUCGAACGCGGCGGCGGCCCCACACCAGAACGCGAAGAAGUCGAGGAGCUCCAUGGAAUGGUCGAAGGGAGGCCAAGCGACGGGCCUGGUUGUAGGGUCAGGGGCGCCGGGGCAGAACGGACAGGGGCAGGUCCCUGCGGCCGCCGCGGCCAGCCGGGGCAAAAUGGCUCUUUUAGAGGAACAGCAGCUGCAAAGGCACGAGGAGCUGUUCAGCUCUCUCAAAGAUGAACUGGGUCUGAAAGAGGAAUCAAGCCCUUCUUCCUCGUCUUCAUCCUCUUCCUCGUCCUCUUCCAGAAGGCAUUCGUCCAAAAGCCAUUCCCUACCAGAUGGAGGCAACUUUCGGUCCUCCACUGUAGACGGUUGCCACUUUAAGUCUUCCUCCAGCGUGGAAAAUGGUGGAUCUUUCAAAACCUCCCCGUUCGAAAACGAAACAAGUUCUCACCUUUCUUUGUCCUCCUCCCCGCUGGCUUCCACCUCGGUUCUGACAACUCCCACGCCCGGUCUGACCACCCCCACGUCUGGACUGACCACGCCCACUUUCCCACCCGGCUGCCUGUCGGGGAAGCCGAUCGCUGUUCAGCAGAAGCCCACUGCGUACGUUCGCCCAAUGGACGGCCAGGACCAGGCGCCGAGUGACUCCCCGCAGCUUAAGCCCCCUCCGGUGGCAACAGAGGGGUUUAGCAGCAGCCAAUCUUUUGGAGGAACGUCUGGAAACGUGAAGAACAAACUGCCAAAACUGAACCUCAGCCACACAGGAGAGGUCAGUCUGCCAAACGACUCCAGCUGCGUUGAAGAGAUUUUGCGGGAGAUGACCCAUUCAUGGCCUCCUCCGCUCACAGCCAUACACACGCCCGGGAAAGCCGACCAGACCAAGUUCCCCAUCCCAAACAAGGAGACCCAGCAUGUGACCUCAGCCUACAACACCCAGAAGAGAUGUACGGUGCCGGCUAACAAACCCGCUGCUAAACCAUCCACCGCACCGCAGAAGUCGAUGCUGGAGGAUGACCUGAAGAUCAGCAGUGAUGAAGAAGAAGCUGAACAACAGGUGUCUGACAAGACCAAAGCCAGAAGCGCAGCGCUGAGCGGUGCGUCGGGGAGCAGCAGCGAAUCAGAGAGCAGCUCCGAGUCUGACACGGACGAGUCGGAGAGCAGCUCCAGUGACAGCGACUACAACCAGGCUUCCCGUACAAACACUCCAGAGCCGGAGCCCCCUUCCACUAACAAGUGGCAACUGGACAGCUGGUUGAACAAAGUCCAGGCUCAGACCAAACCGCUGGUCCCCACACAGCAGGAGCAUCAUGGUGCAGGCUCCAUCAGCCAGGAUCCGCAGACAUUUUCUCCCCGGAAUGAAGCACCAGGAGUGGGCACCGCUGCCAAGACCAAGCCCUGUGGGUCCGGCGGCACACCUGUCCCUGCUGCCCCCGCGGCGGAGCACAAAGACAGCAGGACCGGCUUCUGCCCGGGCAGGGAGAAGGCCAAAGCCAAGCUGGGCCAGAAGGCUUCCGGGGAGGGUCAGAGGUCAAAGAUGAGGCUGUCGCCAGGCCUGCUGUCGGGGCAGGAGGUCCCGGCCCCGAGGAGGAACACCACCGGGAAGAAGCAGCCGCGCCGGGCCGAGAGGUCCAGCAGCGUGGAGGAGAACCAGAACCAGGCAUGGAGCCGGACCAACCAGCACAGCCCUGCGGCGAGAGAGAAGGACCUGUUGCCCCCGCCUCCCCUGGAGCACCAGAACCCCCCCAGGCCGCGGGGGAAGCCUCUCAGCGGGAAGACGGCCCCGAGGAAAGAGCCUCGCAGUGCCACCAGCUCAGCCACUCCACCAGCAGCGCUGCAGCAGACCCCCGUGCCUCUUCCUGCUGUCACCGUGAACCAGGAUAAGAGGAAACACAGAGGUCCCAGCACCAAAAUCACACCGAAGUCCAGGGAAUUCAUCGAAACAGAUUCCUCCUCCUCCUCGUCGGAAUGCCAGUCGGAUGGCGAGGAAGCCACCAAGAUCCUGUCCAUGCCAGCCCCGUCCAUCAGCGCCCAGAUGCUGGCCACCGUGCACAGCCACGCGCCUCUGCUCCCGUGCCUCGGCUCUGCUGCAGGGGCGGGAAGUCUGGGCACGUUCGCCGCAACUGGACUCCGAGUCAAAGACGGCGUCAGCACAGUCGGCAGCGGAGGUGAUGGCGUCAGCAACGGCAACCUGCUGAGUAUCGGCAACAUAAGUGCUUCCUUUGGGAACUCGGUUCCCGAUCCCGGAGGGUCCGGAGGGCAGGGGAAGGAUGCGGAGCCCGCGUCACCGCCGUCAAACGUGGGACACGAUGUGGCUCUGUCCCCUCUGAGGGAAUAUCACGAGGUUCAGAGUUUGUGGGUGAAAAUCGACUUGAGCUUCCUCAGCAGGGUGCCGGAGCAGACGGCGGGGGAAAGAGCCAGGAUCGGAGUUGUAGAACGGGAAGGGAACGCGGGGAGGGACAGGGAGAGGCAGAAGCUGACAAAGGGGGAGAGACAAGAAGAAGAAAAUGAGCGUUUAGUGAAGGACAAAGAAAGGCAAGGAGAGAGGGAGAGGCAGACGGACAGAGAGGACAGGGAGAGGUUUGGAUUUGGGGAAAGGGAGAGGACUGUGGCAAGGGACAGAGAGAAGAUUAGUCAGGGUAUGGGGGUACUGGAUAACCCCCCUGGGCAGGAGCAGGGUAAUCCCAGGCUGGCUGGGCGGACGGAGAGACUGGAGAACGGAGGUAAACACAGAAGGCAGGCGGCCGCAAACAUGGUGGCUCCCACAGAAAAACACACCAGCAAGAGCAAGAGGAAACACAAGCUGGACCACGGAGAAUCACCGGUCAAGUGUAACAAGAAGCUGCGCCUGGACAAAGACUGCCUGCUCCUCCCACCAUGCAUCUCUCCAAUACACAACCACAAGAGCAGCUCUGCAGACGGCUCUCUGAACAGGAAGCAGACCCGGCGGCGUGACGACAAGCUGCUGCCCCCGCUGCUGUCGCCGCUGUCCGACGAGCCCCCCCGCAAGCGGGCCUGCGACGGCGGCCCCUCCCUCACCGAAGAGGCCGGUGCGGUGGGGAUGCUGCCCUGCUCGGCAUCCUCUUCUGCCGCCGCCGCCUCGUCGCACAGACACCGGCGGGGCGAAGGGAAGGCGACGGCGCACGCUAGAAACGGCGGGGACAUGGACUCCCACUGCGAUAAACCUGGCGGAGACGGUUACCAUGCCAACGGCCACUCGGACUCCGAGGUGUGGUCCGAGGCGAUGAUGGGCCAGUCCGAACCGCGAAGGCCGAGACUGUCGUUCACCGACACAGUCCACAGUGCAGAGUACUACAUGCAGGAGGCAAAGAGGUUGAAGCACAAGGCCGACGCUUUGACGGACAAAUUUGGGAAAGCGGUGAACUACGCGGACGGCGCCCUCUCCUUCAUAGAGUGCGGGAACGCCAUGGAGCGCGAUCCGCUGGAGGCCAAAUCGCCGUACACCAUGUACUCAGAGACGGUGGAGCUCAUCAGGUACGCCAUGAGGUUGAAGAACUUCACCAGCCACUCGGCCACCGUCUUGGAGAAGAGGCUAGCUGUUCUGUGCAACCGCUGUCUGUCUCUGCUGUACCUGAGGAUGUUCCAUCUGAAGAAAGACCACGCUGUCAAGUACUCACGCUCGCUCAUGGAGUACUUCAAGAAUUCGGCGAAGAGUUCCCAUCAGGCCCCGUCUCCUUGGAGGAGCAACGGAAAGGUCAACGGGACGCCGUCGCCCCUCUCACUCAGCCCAUCUCCAGCCAGCAGUGGAGGAGCGCCGGCGGCAGCAACAGGAGGGGGAGGGGCAUCGGGGUCGUCCAGUAGCGUGGCGAUCCCCCAGCGGAUCCACCACAUGGCCGCCAGCCACGUCAACAUCACCAACAACAUCCUGAGGAGCUACGAGCAGUGGGAGACGGCCGACAGGCUGGCCGCCGACAGCAGAGACUUCUUCCAGGACCUGGACUCGGCCAUGGGGGGGGCUCUGAGUCAGCAGAGCAGCAUGGUGGAGCUGGUGCGCUACAUCCGGCAGGGACUGCACUGGCUGCGCUCCGAGGCGCAGCUGCUCUAGAGACGGGAGCAGAGCAGCAGGAGCUGGAGCUGACAUGAGACCCAACCCACUGCGACCCAAACCACACACACACAUACGCGCGCACACACAUACACACACACACAGACCGAGGAUGAUAACUGGGCCCGAUUUCCCCCGCAGUGAUCCAGGUGAAACACCUGAGGAGACGCAGAACACGUCCAAACCCUCCGUUAAGAAAACCAACAGAAAGAAGCUAAAAGUGAUUUUUUUUUUUUAAAACGGAUCAUUUUCUGGAAGAUAAGUGAGCGUCUGAUGUGAUUAAGGUGGCUAAAUGUGGCCAGAGAGCUGAGCGGAGGAGCAGCCAGGUGUCAGUGAUCGGGUCUGGAUCUAAAGCCUCAGGCUGAUAUCGAUCCGGCUGGAGGAGAAGCCGUCCAAUCCAUCAGAUAAGGACCACAGGGUGAGGGGAUAGAGGCCGACCUAUGACCCCCCCACACGCCCCUGAGGCAGAAUCAAAGCAGACCCGACUCGGUACCUCGACUGGAGCCGAAACCUGCCGCCGUUGAGUCCAGACGUUUCUGAUUGGAUUUGUGUUACAACGGUGUCAAACACAGAUAUUCUUAAUAUUUAAAGUGAAAAAUCCCACUUAUUCCAAAGUUCAUAUUUAACACUUAUGGGACAUGUGUCAAAUUCACGGCCUGAGGGCCAAAUCCGGCCCGCUGGAGUCUUUUAUGUGGCCCUCUAGACCCCAGAGGGACGCGUCAACACAACCUUUAACAUAAAUAUUCAUCAAUCAUUCUCAAAGCAGUUUUUCUGCGUCCUGCCAAAUGACAUCAAUCAGUCCCUCCAGGUUUUUGCGAUGUCAUGAAAAUUCACAAAAAAUUGAUUCACAAAAAAGUUAUUACAAAUUUAUUACAAAUUUUACCCAAAACGUUCAAAAACGAGACAGAGACAAAGUAAGAGACAAACUCCCACCUACAGGUGGCAGUGUUUCUUACUUUUACUACACCACUGCCUCAAAUGUACUUGAUGUUACAAGCCAUAUGGUGAAUAAAGAAAAAAAAAUACCAUCAGAUAUAAACUCAAAUAUUUCUAAAUUAGCUCAGAUUUUGAUAGUAAAAAAAAUCAAACAAUCUCAGAAUCCUGGAUGGACUGAUCAGAGUGAAAAGACAUUCAGUAUGGUUACAUAAGAAGAACAGAGAGACAGCUUUUGAUUAAUAUUUGAACAAUUAGCAGGCAUCAUCAGUCCGUUCUGGCCUGGUUCUUUGAGGACAUUCAUGAUCUUGAUGCCCUCCGAAAAGAAAAUGAGUUUGACCUCCCUGAUUAGCCGACAAAUCUUAGUUACAUCAGAAAAGGAAGGAAGUAAGUGACACUGUCUCUUUAAUUAAAGCUGCUGGCCUAAUGCAGUAACAUCUCCGUUUGCUUUACCUUUAGUUUGACUCCUACACACCAACAUGCCCUGAUUUCCUUUGCCUUUUUUUUUCUUUACGUAUUUUAAGUGAAAUAAAAGUAGGUUCCUCCGAUGACAUCACGUCAGGCACAGAGCAACUUAUGAGUUAUCAAGUUUUCUUGUUGCUAUUCUUUCUUAUUCUGACAUUUUUAAUCAAAUCAUGAAUUUGAGCCGCGUCGAUGCGUUUGAAUGAUUCUGCCACAAACCAGUCAAAUGAAAAACAUUAAAGUUAAACAUUAAACGUUAAAGUUCCCAUGAUUCUCAUCUUCUUCUUCACAGUUUGCUUCGGUUUGCAUCCAUAAACUGAGCAAAUGGGAAUUACAAAAUAAAUUAGCUUAAUGGAAACACCACGAUUGCGAAAUUGAGUUUUUUCAACAUUAGCAGAAUAUCAACAGUUUUAUACACAUUUGUAAUGGAAAAACGUCAAAGAAGCCAAACCACUUGCACCUUACGUGCUUCAUUUCACGUCCAUAUGUGUAGAGUCACUGCUUUGCCAUAACAUUAGCACUAAGACAAGCUGAUUACUGUGCCUUUUGUGAUGUCAUCAACAAAAAUAAAGUUAAAUUGGCAGAGGUUUGUUCUUCAGUGGAAUUUUUUAAAAUGAUGCAUUUUGUGAAAUUAUGACUUAAUUACAUAAUUGUAGUUUUGUUUGUGAAUUUAAAAAAAUGCAUCAGAUGGUAUCUUUAAUGUUGUUACCUGGUAACACAGAAGGAAAAACAGACAAAAUGGCACCAUACGGAUGCUAUGAAAUGAAAUGAGCUUUCUGGUGAAACAAGGUGUAAAAUGUGACGUGCGUCACUGCUGCUGCACUUUUUUUUAGCUGUAGCUACAGGAUUUACUCUCACAUUAUUGGUCAAGAGAGUAGCAUAUUUUUAAUGAUACAAGUGGAUACUGAGACGUAAAGCCUUUUAGCCUGUUGGUCAUAAAGUGCCAACAGUGUCAUUUAUUUCCAGGGGCCUCCAAAACAAAACUAAUGCCUUCCAUUUGCCUUGUUAUCAUGACAUAAAGCUACGCCAAAAUCCAAUUCUUAAAUUAAGACCAGAAAUAUUCAAUAUUUUACCAUUUCACCUUAAAUAUGGCUCAUGUGAGUAGUAAACAAGAUAAUUGUAAGUAGACAGCUAGGCUAACUUAGGAGCUAGCUAACCUUUGCUAGCUGCUAAGUUAGCUAAGUUUUAAGCAGACAACUUGGCUAACUUAGCAGCCAGAUAAUCUUAGGUAGCUGGGAACUAAGCUUAGCUUAGUCCUCACUUGGCUAACUUAGCUAUUUGCUUAGCUAUUUGCUAAGUUAGCAAUUAGCUAACUUAGCUAGUUGCUAAGUUAGCCAAGUUGUAAGCAGACAACUUAGCUAACUUGGCUAGCUGCCUAGUUUAAAAGUCAAACAAGAUGGCUCUGGGGAAAAAAUUAAGUAAACACCACCAAAACAAGUUUCCUCUUUAUUUCUCAGACAACUUCUCUCACUUACUCUUUCUGACUAUGCUAAGCUUAGCUAGCUGCUAACUUAUCUGCUUACAAAUGGCUAACUUAACUAGCUGCCUUGUUUAUACGUCACAUGAGCUGGUUGAGAGUAAAAUUUGAAUGUUAGGGAGUAAACGGAAACAGAACAGGUUCCCUGUUUACUUCUCUGAACGAAGGCUUCUUCCAUCAAACACAACAUGUCUUUUGCUGGUCAUGGACUUUUUGUCAAAUUUCUGCUCAGUUCUAGUUCCCAUAGUAACCCACCCACUAAGGUGUCAAACACUUACAAAAAAGGAGGAGAAAACAAAACAAAACUACUAAACUCGGUAUGAUUGGGUUCCAAUUAAGCCCCCCACCCUACUUCCCUCCUACAUGCAGAGCGGGUGAACGAGGAAGAUCUCCCGUCUGCUCCUCUUCCUGCCCCCCGUUGUCAAAGCGAAUCUGCGAGUUUGUACAGCACUAGAUGAGAUCGGAUCAUCUGCUGGAUUCUCUUCUAGACGUUUCCCAACAUUCGUCGUGUUGUUGUUGUUGGUGUGUAUACGUGUACAGCUGAUUGUCGAGUCUAUCUAAAUCGUUGCUGAACAAUAAUGAUGUUUGUGUAACAUACUGUACAGAUUGUGACACCUAGAAGCCGUGUACUUGGGUGUUUGUUAUUUUUUAGUGUCUUGAGUCAAUGUGAAAGAAUGGAUAGGAGCGUGGGUCGUGUGUGUGUGUGUGUGUGUGUGUGCGUGUGUGUGUCCAUGCACAGGCUACAGCUGUAUUUACACAGCACAAAAGCUGAAGUGAUUUUUAACCCUUUGUGGUACAUUCAAAAGACGAGUCCCCACUGUUUCUGUGUUGCUUAUUGUGCUACAAAAGCUUAAAAUCUACUUUUUUCCCCCCCAUGCGCUUUCUGUAAAUCCAGCACAUCCAGCAUGAGUUUCAUAAGUUCUGGAUCAUUUCACCAUGGCUGAAUGUGUAUGAGAGGACGACGUGGAUGUGGGAAGUAAUUUUCACUUUAACAUGGAAAAAAAGAAAGAAACUCAAGUGCCUCUAUUUGUGUCCAGUUGGAAUUGCUCUAUUUAUUUAAAAAACAAAGAAUGAAUCUAAAUAAUUUUCCAUACCAUAUUGGUAUAAAUAUGAACUUUUUUUUUUUGUAUAAUCAGAUGUCUCCAUAAGCUUUUUUACUGGCGUUAUGACGCCAGGGGUUUGGCUUUAAGAUGAAAAAAUAAAAGCGUGUGAAUUAAACGUGUUGAAUUUAGCAUCCGUUGCUGUAUUCUGAUUUCUUGAUGAUUUGAUGAAGUUUCAGUUUUGUCUGAAAUGCCUGAAACUUUAAAAAUCAUUGCAUGCAAUAAAUGGUAGCCUCAGACCAACAAUUGCUUGUGUUCAUUUGGAGAAAGACGAAAAGAAAAAUCGUCUGUUUUGUGUUGCGUAGUUCACUGAAUGUGUGGAUGUUUUAUGUCGCCUGCAGCUAGCUGCUUUAAAUGUGCAUCACUAACGGUGGCUGUUCGGACGUUCAAGAACCUAAAACACUUAAAAAGGCACAGUAAUAUUAUUUCUACCAUUCUGAGGUGGUAAAAUGACUGAGAAAAUCAAUAGGAAUGUAAAAUGGUUUGCUUAGCUUUGCUAGUUAGCUUAGCUAGCUGCCUGGUCUGGUUCUGGCUAAAAGCUUCCAAAUGAACACAUCACUGGUGUUUGUUUUGAGCAAAAAUCAAACCUACGACAAAUUUUUAUAGUUUAAAAUGAAGUAUUUGAUUAGUUUUUACUUUUUUAGUAUUUGCUACCCUUAACCCAAGCGUUGCCUGAAAUGCUCAGGUGUUUUUAAGGUCAACUUAGUCCCAUGUUCAACAAUGGCAUUCUGUCCUCACGGCUUUUUUCUUGAUACAUCAACUAGUAAUUUUUCAUUUGCUGCAUGUUGAGUGGCUAGUUUCAUGGUAAUGCUGCAAAGUGUAAUUAUGUCAACAUUUCGCCAGCAUCUAAGUUUCUAAUGUAGCAUGAAAUGUCCCAUCAGCUCUUAAAAUUCAAAGUAAAUUCAUUUCUUGGUUUUGUAAAAAUUAUGUCUAAAGACGAGCUGUAUGAAUGUCCAUACUCACUGAUUUUACUGAAAUAUUCUUGAAUGGCAACAAUUUGAACAUGUAGAAAGAACCUGAUGGUUACCAGAUGCGGAGCUAUAGGUGGCAGCUGCCUGUGUUAGGUUUAUAUAAAAGUUUUUCAAGAUUAUAAAUUCAAUUUUCUGCUCAAAAUCAUUUAAGUGUGAAAUCAGGAGUUCUCAGACAAUAAGACAUAUUUCUGUUAGACAUCAAAUGACAUCCAUAAAUAACCCAGAUUGAGUGUAGCUUAAUUUUUGGUUUAGUUAUGAUGAAAACAUCACCCUAAUAUAUGCAUAUUUAUAUUCAUUUUAUGUUUUCUAUCUGGUUAACUCAGAUUUAGAACAAGUUGACCAACUUUGCAUUGGGGCUUGAAGGGAACAUUACAGCAAUUUAGUGUUUGAAUCACAGCACAACUGGUAAAUAUUGAAUUAAAGCAACAAAUAAUUUUUAUGCAACGCAAUAUGACUGUGUGUCUUCAUCUAAUACGUUUUGGAAACAGACUUGCUCAGCUUGCCCUGUUAUACUGCUGGCAUCUCAUUAAGGAUCUCAUUAGUUCUUGUUGCAUUAUCACAGUUGUCAACAAAUUUAUGAAAGACAGUAGUAAGAAGAAAACAUUAUUUUUGUAAUAAUUACAAUGGAAAGUUUAAUGUGUGUUGCUACCAGAUGGUGUCAAGCCAGUAAUACUUUGAUAAUCUCUCCAGCAGUGACAACUUUUCCCUGAUUGUGGUUUGCAUUUCAUUAAGUCACAGAUAAAGCUUAUUAUUUCUAGAAAUAACCCCCAAAGAGGAUAAACAGUGUUGUGCUUUUAUACACAUUCAUCUCCAUAAUUCAUCAAAUGUUUGAUUGUAAUGAAAAGUCAGCUGAUAUGUGAUGGCAUCCAUUUUGAAGUUGGAGUAUAAAUUGGCAAAGGGUUGAAAUGACCUUUAACCCUUUGGAGCAGCUCAACUGUGAUGAAAUCAGAAAUGUAGUUUUAACAUUCGUAUGCCUAAUUUUUAUCCCAAAUGAAGCGUACAUUCCCAUUUUGUACCCAUAUAUUGAAAACUGGAUAUGAUUUAAUUUUUCUUCAUAAUUCAGUAUUUUGUGAUUUGUGGAUAAAUUAGAUAAUUGCUCAGAUUUAAUACAGAGCAGUUUCGCAAUAUUUUUUAAUAUUGCAUAUUAAUUUCUGCUCUGAUCCCUUUUUGGACUAUUCAACAGAUAAAACCAAAAUUGUAAGGAACCUAGCUCUAAUUAACAUUUAAAGGAUUCAUGAAACCACAUUUCCAUGCAAUAGACGAACCCGUCAUUGUGGGUAAGAUCUUUUUCCACCCCAAAUAGUAUGAAACCCAAAUGAGACAAACACAAAUAACAAAGGUACGAAACGGCGAAGUAGCUAAAUGACCAGCACUCUUGAAGUUAUUUAGCUUAGCGAGGUUUGUUGUUUACCUGAAAAGUGCAGCUAGUUUUUAGCUAGCUCAGCAAAGCUCACUAAAAGCAAAUAAUAUGGAAUCUAAAACAAAAUUAACAAAUGUACAAAAUAGCAAAGCAGCUAAAUUACCAGCACCCUUGAGUAAUUGUAGCUUGUUAAUUAUCUGCCUGUUGUUUACCUGAUAAAGUGCAGAUAGCUUUUAGCUAGCUGAGCAAAGCUAGCGAUCAUCUUCAUACCAAAGUCUGAAUAUUACUCAGAGUAUUUUCUCUUUUUUUCACAGAAGUAAAUAACUUGUCUCUUUUUAUUGUGUAAACUGAAUCCUACAAAUCCUACAUCUGAAUUCCAACCAAAUUAAACUAAGCUAGCAUUUUAUUACAGUAUGCAACAUGUUUCUGUAAAAUUGUGCUGACAAUUAUUUUGACCCAUUGUUUUUUUAAUUAUUUGAGUAAAAUUUAUUUGCAACUGCCUAUAAUUUAAAAAUAAGGUGGCUUUAGGUUUAAAAUCUGAGAUUUCUGGCUCAUGUUAAAAUGCUAUUAGCCAAUCUUCCAGUCCAUAGCCAUAUAUUAUAAAGUACAGCAAAGUUUAUAAUGCACUGAAAACCCAGAUAGUGACUGAACGCAGCUCUAACUCAUCAUGUCAUGCAGUGAAUAUGGACACAGUUCACAUCCGGCUCAACUUGAACGCUCCAGCGCAGCCACCAGUGGUUUUGCGGCAGCAGCAUGGUGACUCUGAUCUGGUCUGUGAGCGGAUCCCAUCAGAACCACUGGCUAAACAAAACAAAGAUCAGUGCAGAACACGGCUGACAGCACAUCAGUCCAACGUGGGUUUGUGUCGUAUCCUUCAAAAUGUGUUGCACAACCUCCACUGUUUUUCUUUUUCUACCAGUGCUAUCUUUUGGGCCUUUUUUUCUAUGGUUCUCUUUUAUAAUGAAGUUGUUCUAUGUGAUGAAGAUGAUGAUCAAAAAGUUGUGAUGCAGUUCCAUUGUUUUUAAAUAUUUAAUGUCUCUGAAAUAUGGAUUAAAACCUGUUUGAACCAGU